ACAGUAAAACAAGACAUACAUUCUUGUUUACUAUACAGAAACCACAAACACUAUGGCAUACGAUCAACAACACCACCUUCGCCUGGUUGCAGAUGAAGGCUUCCGACUUAUAGAAGAACAUUAUGGCCCCACCGGCAGGUGGGCUGACAAUUCUCUUCAAUACUACCAGCGGCCAGCAGGUCCUAAACCACCUAAACCUGUCACAGUAGUCCAGAGGCUUGUUUUCAGCAGCACUUCUGGAACUUAUGCCAAUGAGGCACCCCGAGUUCCUCCACCAAAAGAAGCUGGCAACCCCAGAAGCAAUCUGCUGCAAUCAACUCAAGGCCAUGGUGGACCGAAUUCAUAUCAGGUACCCCCUACAAUUACCAGUGGGGGAUGGUAUAUCUGCUGGGUACCCCCAGUUCCAACAAGAAAGGGGGAUGCUAUUUCAAGUGACCUGGCUGCUAAAACCUAUGGUGGUUACUUAAUUAGGGACUAUUGAUGAUAAAGGUUAGAAGGUACUAGUAACUACUACGCCAACUACUACUAGCUAAUUAGUUGGCUAGGCAUGCAGCUAAAUUGAGAGUGACAUAUACAUGUGUCCAUCUCUAUUAUCCUUUGCAGCUUGUAUAUUAUCUAUGCUUCUAAGGUUGUGAUGCUUGAGUAAGUAAUAAAUC